AUGCGCUUUACUCCUGCAAAGCAAGGGCCGAUUGAUGUAGCAGUUAAACCGAUCUACGUGGGUAGCUGUAUCAGUUCCUUUGAUUUCUCGAAGGAUGAUAUUUUCGUGCAAUUUGGGAAGGCCAGGUCAGGAUUCGUCAAACUGCAUCGCCUGGGAGGCCGGUAUCAAAUAUUUAAAGAGGAUCCCUACUGCUUGCCACAUUACAAACAAUUAAGUGAACUUCAAAGUUCAAAUGCUGUCAACCUCAGCAUACAAAAUACUACGGAGGACCGCGCCAUUCCAGUGAUGCCGUUUAUUCCGAUCAAAGAAACUGUCUCAACAAAAUCAAAUGAGCACCACGUGGACAUGACUCCGUCACUUUGUGUACAGCCACCAAUUCAACAUGAAACUCCGGUGCUUCAAGACGAAACUGGAAUAUUUCAGCCGCAUCAUAGGGAAGACCCGCUCUGCUAUGCAUGCGAGAAUAAGGUGUAUCCGGCAGAACAAUUGAAUAUACUAAACCGCACCUACCACAGAACUUGCUUCAGAUGCCAUACCUGUCAAAACCAAUUAGAUAUUGGGCGUUUUGGCGUUAUCGAAGGAGUACCCUAUUGCAACGCUCAUUACAGGCAGGCUUAUAUGGGAUCUCUGCCGAAUUCGGCGAAAUCCAAACCGCCUAAAGCGCAGCGAGUAUCCAGUCAUCCAGUGAGUUCACGAACCAGUUGUUCGGUUUUUCUGCUUCAGUCACAGAGAUUAGUUAUUAAAGCAGACCAAGUGAACGAGCAAAAUGGAACCCAGGAAUCAAGCAAGUGUUAUCGCUGUGCAACCAAAGUCCACUCAGCUGAGCAACUGUGUAUUAUGAAGCGAAUUUACCAUAAAAGUUGCUUUAAAUGUGGUGUGUGCCAGCGAGUUCUAAAUUCUGGUCGUUAUGGAGUGCAUGAUGGUGUCCCGUACUGCACUGCACACUACAAGCAAGUUGUAAACAUGCGC